AUGAGAGAAGAAAACCAGUCUGCUACCACAGAUUUCAUCCUCCUGGGAGUGACAGGACAGCAGGAACAGGAAGACAUCUUCUUCAUCCUCUUCCUCUUCAUUUACCCCAUCACACUGGUUGGAAACAUGCUCAUCAUCCUGGCCAUUGUCUCUGAUGUUCAUCUCCAUAACCCCAUGUACUUUUUCCUAGCCAACCUCUCUCUUGUUGACAUCUUCUUCUCAUCUGUCACCAUCCCCAAGACGCUGGCCAACCAUUUCUUGGGGAGUAAAGAAAUUUCUUUUGGGGGAUGCUUGACACAGAUGUAUUUUAUGAUCGCCUUGGGUAACACAGACAGCUAUAUCCUAGCUGCAAUGGCAAUAGAUCGAGCUGUGGCUAUAAGCCGCCCUCUUCAUUACACAAUGAUUAUGAGACCCCAUUCUUGUGUCCUGAUGGUUGUUGGGUCUUGGAUAGUUGGAAAUGCAAAUGCUCUUCCCCACACUCUACUCACAUCUGGUUUAUCAUUCUGUGGCAACAAGGAAGUGGCCAACUUCUACUGUGACAUUACCCCUUUGCUCAAGCUGUCCUGCUCUGACAUCCACUUUAAUGUGAAGAUGAUGUACCUUGGGGUUGGCAUUUUCUCUGUGCCAUUGCUGUGCAUCAUUAUCUCCUAUGUCCGGGUCUUUGCCACUGUCUUGCGGGUUCCAUCCACUAAGGGCAUACUCAAAGCCUUCUCCACCUGUGGCUCCCACCUCACUGUGGUUUCUUUGUAUUAUGGGACAGUCAUGGGCAUGUAUUUCCGACCUCUGACCAGUUACAGCUUGAAGGAUGCAAUAAUUACUGUGAUGUACAUGGCUGUGACCCCAAUGUUAAAUCCUUUCAUCUACAGUCUGAGAAACCGGGACAUGAAGGCAGCUCUGGGGAAACUCUUCAACAGAAGUUCUUCAUCCCCACAGUGA